GCAAUUACAACUGCAACUACAACCUAACCAACUGAUUUUCAGCCACGCUUUCUUAGAAAAAUCUCUAAUUUAACAGCUCUUAUUUAUACCCUCUCUCUCUCUUCCACCCUCUCUCGGCCCUCAACAACUCCUCCCUAGAACCCCAUUAGCCUCCAUUUUAUCAUCUUAGAUAUAUUCCUCAUAGUCUUCCACCCCUCUCUAAUCCAAGCUUUUUCUCUUUGAUUCUCUCUUUCUUCUUCUACUUUUUCUUUUUCUCCUCUCAUGUGAGGCGUGUUGUUGUUACUUUGGAUUCGCACAAAGACAACAACUAGUUGCCAAAGACUCUAAAAAGUCUUUUUUCUUCUUCUUCCUUUUCUGUCACCAACAUAAUAAUAAUAAUAUUGACCAUAACCAUGUGUGUAAAGGAUGCAGAGCAAGAAAUAGAGACCCCAAUUGACAAUAAUAGUAAUAGCAACAAGAUGCAAUCUUGGCCUUUGCAUUGUGACCUCUUGCAAACCCGGAUGGAGAAUUUUGAUCAAGACUCUUCUUUGAUUUGUUCUAGUGGUGGGAUUAGUGUUGCCAACUCUUAUCCUCUGGAAAGCAUCUGCGAGGAUAGAGUGGUCACAGAAAGGAAACAGAAUCUGUUAACAGAUUUUUUCCCCACCCUUCGCUCAGGAGAAUGGUCUGAUAUUGGCGGUCGGCCUUACAUGGAAGACACACACAUUUGCAUCAGUGACUUGGCUAAGAAGUUUGGUUCCAAUUUGCUCAUCAGUGAGCAUGCUAUUUCUUUCUAUGGUGUAUUUGAUGGGCAUGGAGGAAAGAGUGCAGCACAUUUUGUCUGUGAACAUUUACCAAGAGUCAUUGUUGAGGAUGCUGAUUUCCCUGUAAAACUUGAGAAAGUGGUCGCAAGGUCAUUCAUUGAGACUGAUGCUGCAUUUGAAAAGUCAUGCUCCCUUGAGUCAGCCCGUUCUUCUGGCACUACUGCACUUACAGCAAUGAUAUUCGGGAGGUCAUUACUUGUGGCAAAUGCUGGUGAUUGUCGGGCAGUAUUAUCACGAGGUGGAGUAGCUAAGGAAAUGUCAGAGGAUCACAGACCUUGCUGCAUUAAAGAAAGGACUAGAAUUGAGUCCUUAGGUGGAUUCAUUGAUGAUGAUUAUCUAAAUGGUCAGUUAGGUGUUACCCGUGCAUUAGGUGAUUGGCAUCUCGAAGGAAUGAAGAAAACAGGUGACAAAAGUGGCCCAUUAAGUGCUGAACCAGAACUUAAAUUGGUUACGUUGACCAAGGAAGACGAGUUUUUGAUAAUCGGAAGUGAUGGAAUAUGGGAUGUAUACUCAAACCAAAAUGCAGUAGAUUUUGUUAGGAAGAGACUUCAAGAGCACAAUGAUGUGAAGCAGUGCUGCAGAGAAAUGGUUGGGGAAGCAAUAAAACGGGGAGCAACCGACAACUUGACCGUUGUAAUUGUUAGCUUUCACUUGGAGCCACCGCCACCGGUGGUGGUACAGAGGACAAGAUUCAGGCGGAGCAUUUCCGCUGAGGGACUUCAGAAUCUCAAAUGCUUGCUAGAAGGUUCCAUAGGUAUCAAGCCAAAAUUGUUCUAAAUAAUGGAUAUUUGUAUGUUUAAGGUAGGGAUUGAUUUGCUGCAAAAGUAAGCAUGCCUUUUAACUGCAAGAUUUUACCUCUCAAGUAUCCUUUUUAGUUGUUUUACAUUAGAUAGAUACUAAAGAAUUCUUCAAGUUUUACAUUACAUUAACUGCAGAAUAUUAAUGCACACUGUACGCAAUUUCUCGGUUUUCAUAUGUUGCAUUUACAAUUGUUUUAAAAUUUUGAUUGUCGUAUAUAUAGUUUCAAACUUUUGAUGCUUGGUACCAGUAUAUAAAAUUAAAAAAAAAAAAAAACCACACCAAACUAAAACGGAAGGAUGUGUACUAGACACACAUAAUAUUAUCCACUGCAACAGUUAAAUUAUCAUUUUGUUAUCCCCCCCCCCCCCCCCCCCCGAAAAAUCACAAGGUGAUGUCUUCUCCCUGGGAAGGCGAUGUAUGGCAACGGUAAUGAAAUGGUUUGUCAGUAACGGUGAUUUUUUUUUUUUAUCUUUUCUCUUCACUUGAAACUUGUGUUGGUCAUUUAAAAUUUCUAAGAAUAUAUUCUUUUAUUUAUUAAAAUUUCAACUUUAAUUUUUAUAUUUUGAUUUUAAAUUUUUUUCCUUGAUUUAUUUUUAAUUUCAGCAUUCAAUUCUAGUUUGUGAUUUUUUUUUAAUUUGAUUUUUAUUUUUUUAAUUGUUUUUUUUUUUAAUUUCAACCUUCAAUAAAAAAAUUUAUAAUUGUCUUCUAAUUUUUUUUUAAUUUUAAUCAUUAUUUUUUUAAUUGCUACUUUUUGUUUUAAAUUAUUUUGUAUAAUUAGUUUUUUUUCUCUAAUUUUAUCAUUUAAUAUUUGAUUGGUUGGGAAUUGGGCAUCAUGAUUUUUUUAGGUAUGACGCUUUUAUUCUAAUGACCUGAGUUACAGGCUUGAAAAGUUAAUAUGAGUUGAUAUUAUUUAUUUAUGGGUUGAUAUCAUUUAAUAUUUUUUUAAAUGAGCUUUGUGUUUUGCUUUGUAUUUUUUUUCUAUAUGAUUAUUCUAAUCUCAUGACCUGACCCACAGGUUAAGUUGUCUUGGCUCUUAAUACUCGAGUUACAAGUUUGUCAUGCUAAUUCGAGUUGUUAAUUUUUUUCCUUUGUUUUUAUCCAAUCUUAUCUAAUAAUUGAGCAGCAUCAUUAUUUUUUUUGCAAAUGUUCAUUUUUCCUCGGUUAUAUAAUUAUUAUUUUUUUGUUCUGUUUGCUACUA